AUGUCUGGACCAUAUCUCCACGGCCAUCACGCAUCCGUCCUCCGCUCUCAUAGCUGGCGCACUGUUGAGAACUCCUGUCCUCACCUCCUCCCUUACCUCAACAACCCUUCGCUCAAGAUACUCGAUGUGGGUUGCGGGCCAGGUACCAUUAGCGUCGACCUCGCCCUUCGCGUCCCACAAGGCUUCGUCUAUGCCAUCGAUCCGUCCGCCGAAGUCAUCGAGAAGGCACGAAAACACGCAGAAGAAAAGGGCGUCACAAACAUACGAUUUGAGGCCGGAGAUAUCUUUGAAUGGGACAAGCUCGAUGGUAUAGAAGAGGCUAGCUUCGAUAUUGUACAUGCGCAUCAAGUGCUACAGCAUCUGCAAGAUCCGCUAGGUGCCAUGAAGGAGAUGAAGCGAUUAACCAAGUCAGGCGGCGCCGUUGCAGUUCGAGAUUGCAACUACAGUGCCAUGGACUGGUACCCAGAGCAUCCUGGGAUGCAAAAGUGGAAGGAUCUGUACAUCAAGAUCGCGUUUGGGCUAAAAGCACAUCCGAACAUGGGCAAGUACCUGCAUGCGAUAGCCAUGCAGGCUGGCUUCCCAAGAAGCGAUAUCGAGGCUAGUGUGGCUGCCUGGACGUUUAGUACACCAGAGGAGAGGGAGUUCUGGUGCGGACUCUGGGCUGACAGGACCGUUAAGAGCGACUACAAACAAAGAGCUCUAGAUAGCGGAUAUGCGACGGAGCAGGAUCUGGAAGACAUCGCAGCGACGUGGAGAGAGAUGGAGAAGAAGGAAGACGGCUGGUUCGCCGUUAUCAACGGACAAGUCAUCUGCCACGUUAGGUAA